AGAAAUCUAACGGCACUGCUCACGCCUCGGUAAGUGGCGGUGUGACCACAAAAGUCGGCUUCUCUUCGCUCUCCCUUUAUCUUUUGUAUUUGCGUUCCCUUCUCGAGCCAUGCAGCCGUACCCGUACCCGUCUCCUGGUCAAACGUACCCUUACGGUGCACCGCCGCCACCGCAGCAACCGUACGGAUGCUACCCCCAGCCGCAGCCGCCUAUGCAACAGGGAGGCUGCUACGCGCCGGCCGCUUACGCCAACUACCCGCCCCGCCGCCACCGCAGGGAGGCUGCUACGCUGGCCCCGGCACCAGUCCCUAUCCCCCGCUUCCCUGGCCGCCCCAACCGACCCCGUUGCAGCCGUACGCGCCGAUGCAACCGAGUGCACCGCCGGCACCGAAUUACGCGAGCGGUGGUCCCGGUUACCCGCCGAAUAAAGCGCCGGUGAAUAACUACGACCCGCGACGAAAAGACUACCGCUACUGAUUUGGUGGUGUGCGAUGUGCAUUAUUUCUGUAGGCCCAUCUAUUGUCGCUGUUCGUGUUCUUUUGCUGCGUGUGCUGCCAAAAGGCUGCGAGGGCGUUUUGCUUUGAAGUAUUUUUUAUCUUUAAUUUUCUGUUGCUGCUGUGGUGUUGUAUGUCAUCUCUGUUUUCUUCCUCAGCAAAUGUGGCUAAUCAAACAGAGAGCAAGGUAAACAUACCUCGCUGCGUGUUGGUCCCUACUAGGGCGCUUCGAUUCUCACUAAGCAGAUGAAGGAAGCGGGUUUUGGAUUUUGAAGGACUGCGAAGACUCUUCAGCAUGUCUUUCUUUUGUUUUUGAUUCCUCUUCAAAGAAGUGUCUGCUUUCUCUGACCCGCUUCUCCUGCGUAACUGUUCUCUCCUCAUUUGCAUUCCUCGCCUGCGUGAUUUCCUCUCUCCCGUACGUAAGCUCUGCAGGAAAGAGCCUGCACAAUCCGACGGUGUUCUGGUGCCGCUGGAUUUCCACGCAACUUCUUUCUCUUCGGUGUUCUCGUUAUUGAUUAUUAUUAUUAUUUUUUGAGGGCGGAGAAUCCAAAGCGCGGCGACGUACGUGCACAGAGACACCCAUUUCUUUUGUCUGGGUAGCAAAGGCCCUCUUCAGCAUAGACUCAAGCUCGAUAGGCUCUCCCUGCCGCGUACGUGCUCCUCCUCACACCCUCUCUCUAUUACAGUGCGAAUAAACACCCGCAUUCGCCACUUUUUUGUCUACUCAGCCAGGCACAACUCUUUGCACCUCAAAAAAGCGCUUUCCUAACAGUUUAUUUCGAUUUAAUGAGAACCUGUCUUCACGGAGCUCUCCUCUUGUAGAACAGAUACGGUUCAUAGACCCAAGUAACUAUUUUUUUUUUUGGUUUGAUUGUUUUAAUUUAAAAAAGAACCGCAGCAAAGCAUAAUCAGCAUGUAUAGCGACACCGAGUCGUUGGCCUUCAUGGAGGAGGACGACGUCUCGCCCACACCGAAGCGCGUCCCGCCAGCAGACGUGCCUCGUCCACACGUUACGGGAGCGCCAAGUCCCGCGCCGUUCAAAUCCACGCCUGCAAAGCCGCCGCUGCACCACGCCGUGUCAUCGACGCCCGCUGCUGCCACCAAGAGUGCCCAUCUACCGCGUCCAGGGUUUGUGCAGGUGACGAGCAAGUUUUCCAGGGGCAAGCACGAUGCCGCGUCUGAGAUGUCCGACAACGAGAGCGUCAACUUCGUCGUGGAGAGCAACUCCGUGAGCGGCACACCGAAGCACGGCGCCCUCACCUCCGCGGAUGCUGCGACAGGCGCUCCUGCGACCAGGGGCGCCUUCGCAUCACGGCGCCUGUCACGUGCGGGAAGCGUCUCCUCCAUUCAGUUCCACUCCGAGCCGGGCAGUCGAUCGACUUCACCGCAGCCCAAACCACGCGUGAAUCGACACGGCUCGACGCCGGUGGAGAAGACGUUGGCCGGGUACUCUCCCUUGACAAACGGCAAGGCUCAAGUCACAAACGACAGCAUCAGCUUCGUGUUCGAUCAGAGCCUCGGCAGUGACCAACUCGGGGCGGCCUCACCGAACCCGCAAUCGGCCACCGCCCGCGGGCGCUCCGCCCCAACACCCGUCCCGCUCGCGACUACCUGUGGUCCCGUAGGUGGCAGUUCCGUGAUGAGCAACGACAGUAUUGCCUUUCAAAUAGAGGAUUCGUGCAACGCGAUUCAGCCGCAGCAGCACCAACAGCAGGUCGUGAAGUCUCCUUCCAUCUCUCCGCUCCAGCGACGAGCGACCACCACGCCCAGUACCGCCGCCUGCACCACGUCAGACCGGCCCGCAGCGCCACCCGCAUCUGCGGCUGACACCAGCAUGCAUGAGUUGGCGGACACCAGUAGCAUCGCAUUUGAGGUCGCCGAGGACUCCCCGGCCGUGAAGGCUUCUGCGCCGAGAGAAGCCACGGCGAGCCCGUCACGAGGGGCAUUAGCGACGCCCUACUACAACUCCCACGUGCGUCGCUCGCAGUCUGCGCAGAGCUACCGCAACUCCCGCCCCAACAGCCCGUCCAUUCAGUUCGAGACGGAGCACAACUCUGAUAACGAGAGCUUGCCAGACCAGUCAGCCUCUCGUGUCGGUGUAAGCAGUCUUUCCGCUGUCCACGGCGGCCUUCCCAGUUGUGGUCCGCUGCCGUCGCACCCCUCUCCCCCCACCUUAGCAAUGACGAAGGCACAGAGGUCGAGUCCUACCACGAGUCACCCGGAGAUGGGCAGCGACGGUGGUGCGUCAAGCACGCAGCCCACGAAGAAAACAGUCGUCACAAAUCACCUGAAGCGACGGCAGCAGCGACAGCGCCAAAGUGGGCCACCGCCGUCAUCAUCGAAGUCACGAGUCAACACGCAACACGUGGCAGACGGCGAGCGCGAGCUGUCCGCCAGCACGCACCCGCCGUUGUACCAAAAGUCUGCGGUGUCCACUCCACUCGCCGCACAGGCCGCCGGCGUUGCCACGGAAGCCGCGGCAGACAGCGAUGAUACCCGGCGGAAUCCCCGCCGCCCCUCCUCCCUCACCGACCGCCAUCUCCUACCGAAGAAGAGAGACCCCAGCGCUGUGUUGAACCUCCAGCGCCCACAGACGCGUCGCUCUAAGGAGUCCGCCACGUCCGACUCGCAGGGCGCCUCGCCGAAUGCGAAGCUCUUCACGGAGGCCGGCAGCACCGGCACGACCGACUCCCCGCCCGAGCCGCCUCACACCGGCCGUCACCGUCGCACCUCCGUCGAGGGCCGCAAAUCCGCCCCGCCGUCACAGAAAGCAGCACCGCCCCCGCGAGGCGUGCCCAGCCACUCCAACUCCGUCGAGGAUUACCUGGAGAAUCAGGAGAUGGAGAACGUGUACCACCGCCACGGGCUGACGCAGCACGCGCGGCACGAAACCCGGACGGACCGUGUGCUGUAUCGCGAGGUAUCGCCGCCGUCGCAGUGCACCGAUCCUGGCGCAUCAGCAGCCGCGGCGCAAGAGACAGAGAAGUGGCGCCGCUUCAACGAGCAGCAGUGCGCCGAACUGACGCAGCUGCGCCACCGCAUUGCCCUCGCACGCCGCCAGGACCGCACGCUGCUGGAGAACUCCCCCCUCAAAGGACUCGGGGCGGCCUCUGGCUCCAACAGCCGCCGCGGCGGUGACCCGAAGCCCACCGCGCUCGCCCUUGCAUCGCUACCGGGAUGGACAAAGACCGGACCGGGUUACAGCGACAUGAAGCGAGCACCCUCUGCUCACGCAUCGUUGGUGCACGAUCAGCGGAGCAUGGAGUCUGCGAGGAGCGGCACGCACUCUCUGUCGCCAUCGGCAACGGAAAGGUCGAGAAAGACCUCCCCUCAGUCCCGCCCCCUCUCCGCCCGGCGACAAGAGAAGCAGCAGCCACCACAACCAGCCAACGCUCGCUACAUGAAACAACUGAGUGAGCUUGUAGCGUCGUCUGCGCGUCAGCCCCACGCCUCUUCUCGGUUGCAGCCGACUGCAGCUUCCCUUAAAGACCCAAGCCGGUCGCGUCGUGCAACUGCUCGACCUACGCCAACAGCGGUAUCCUCCGGUGCCUCCAGGCAUACCCUGCUGCACACAACUGCGGCGGCUUCUGUGGCUGACAUGUUGGGCGUGCUGUGGCCUCCUCGCAGUGCUGCAGCUUCUUCAAAAGCAGACAGAACCUUACCCUACCAGGACAACACCCAGCCGGUGGACCUGUAUUUUGUGAAUGGAUCGCGUCUGACGGCGGCGCAGGUGGACCGCUUUAUGGAUCUGGUGCGGGUCCAGGCAGAGGCAGAGCAAGCGAAGAACUCCAGUCGUGACUUCCUCUUGAACUCGACGGAUGUCACCCUGUCCCCGCAGAGCUACCGCCACUUCUCCCCCGCUUCGGCGCUGCUGCGCAGCCGAGGCAACGCACACGACCAUCCCUUGUCGCUGACCGCACGCGACGAUCGCGCCUUCUCUUCGUCGGCACUCACAACGCGUCGGCGCGCUCCUCUCUCGGCGAAGCUCUCGGCGCUCCUCCCGAAGAAGGCGGUGCGGCGCAGUCGCGUAAUGCGUGAGGUGUUCGACGUGAUGGAUUUAAAGCACCAAGGCAGUCUUGUGCUGGACUUCCUGCCCUCUCUCAGCCGACUGUUUGAGGGGGAGCUGGCCGCAAUUGAGGAGACGCGGAGGUCGCUGCUGGCCGGGAAGGCCACACCCGUCGCCACGCUGCUGGUGUCUGCCAUGGAGAGUCGUCAGCAGUACUCCUCCGCGUGGGACGGUGGGCGAGGGGCGGGGGACGACACACCCAAUGGCAGUGGCGGUCUUUCGCAGGUUCUCGCGGCCGAUGGCGCUGGGCUCACCCCCGCGGCGCAGGCGGAGCUGCUCGCGCUGACGCACCGACUUCUGCUCCUGUCCUUUGCGGUGAACGUCGUCAUCCCUGUUGCCUCAGCUGGUCGCAUUCCUCUGCUGGACUUCCCGACUCUGUGCAUGGUGCUGUACGCCGCGGUCGACAACGCCGAGCACGAGAUGGACUCACCGCGAGAGCAGUGGCGGGAGGUGGUGCAGCAGUACUUUGCACUUUUGGAUUCAUAG